AUGGAUAAUAAAAUAGAAUUUGACAUUUCAUCUCAUGAUGGUCUUCGACUUGCUGGUUAUAAUUGGUCAUCUUAUCAACAUUCAGAUUCACCAAUUGCUGUAAUAAUAUUUUUACAUGGUGUUGCAGAACAUUGUGGACGAUAUAAACAUUUUACACAUUUUUUUAAUGAAAAUAAUAUAGCAGUAGUUUCAAUGGAUCUUCGUGGUCAUGGUUUAAGUGAAGGAGAACAUGUUUUUAUACCAACAGCUGAAGCUAUAUAUAAAGAUAUUGAUUUAUUAAUAGAAGAAACACGAUAUCGAUAUCCAUCAUGUCCAGCUAUUCUUUAUGGACAUUCAAUGGGUGGAUGUUUAGCAUUAUCUUAUACACUUAAUCGAUAUCCUAAUGUAUCAGAUAAAUGUCCAUAUCAAACAAUAAUAGUAUCAAGUCCUUGGAUUCGUUUAGCUAGAUUUCUUCAACCUCCUUAUCCUAUUCAUUCAAUAAUUCAAACAGUUAGUCGAAUUAGUCCAUCAUUAAGAUUUCCACUUCGAUUUAAAUCAACUAAAAUAACACGUGAUGAAAAUAUUGCUUAUUCUUAUAAUGAAGAUCCUUAUAUACGUCGAUCAGCAACAUUAUCACUUGCUCAUACAAUGGGUAGUCAAGCAAAAAUGCUUGAUCAAUCAAAAUGUAUAUUUCAUAUACCAGUUUUAAUUCAACAUGGAACUGCUGAUGCAAUAACAAGUCAUGAUGCAAGUUUAAAAUUUGCUCAUCGAGGAAAAAAUAUUUAUUUUAAAAGUUGGCCAGAUUGUUAUCAUGAAUUACAUAAUGAACCUGAAAGAGAAGAAAUAUUUCAUUUUAUAUUACAUUGGAUUUAUGAAAAAAUUAUUGUUUAG